GAUGAACUCAAGAAAUUGGAAAAGAGUUUGACUCGAAAACUGGACAUGACCUUGAUGCCGGUCGUUGCGUUGCUUUUCCCUCUCAAUAUCCUCGAUCGUAACAACAUCGCAAAUGCGAAAAUAUCUGGUUUUACCACUACAUUAGGCAUCAGUAAUGAUCAGUACAACACCUGUCUAAUGAUAUUUUACGUCGGAUAUGUCAUCACCCAAAUACCCUCGAACAUGCUCACCACCAAAAUUUCUCGCCCAUCCGCUUACAUCUGUUGCAUUACAUCUGCAUGGGGUGUAGUAUCCAUGUGUCAGGCCUUCACAAAGUCAUACGGCGGCCUCUUUGCAGCCCGUUUCAUCCUCGGUCUACACCAUUUCUACCUGGUGUUUUCUCUACCUGGUGUUUUCUACCUCAUAAGCUGUUGGUACAAACGCUCCGAGCUGCCUCCUAGAAUAGCCAUCUUGUACGGGUCCAACAUAUUAGCAACUGCAUUCAGCGGUCUCAUUGCAGCUGGCAUCAUCUCCCAAAUGGAGAACAAAGCAGGUCGACCAGCAUGGGAAUGGCUUUUCAUCAUUAAGGGAUCAAUGACCAUUGCUAUUGCCCUUCUUGUCAUGCCUGUCCUUCUAGAUUAUCCAGGCCAGCACAUUCGCUCAUGGACGGGCAUGGACAAAGAACACCACAUCUACGCUGAAUGGCGCAUUCGCAAGGAGAACGCCGGUAUCAAAGACGAAGACACCGAGUCCAUCUGGUGGGGCCUAGGCCAAGCACUCAAAGACCCCAAACUUUACAUGUUCGUGGUUCUGCAAAUGGCACUCAUCACGGCUCAGAGCUUCAACAACUUCUUCCCUUCCAUUGUCGGGACUUUAGGCUACAAUAGGACUAUUACGCUCCUUCUUACCGCGCCACCAUAUAUCUUUGCAUUCAUCAUUUGGCUCUGCGUGUCGUUCCACGCGGCACAUAACGGCGAGCGAGGUUACCACAUUGCCAUUCCCAUGAUAUUCGGCCUUCUCGGAAAUCUCUUGGCUAUGAUCGUCCCCACACUCGGUGGCCGAUACUUCUCCAUGUUCCUCAUGACUUCCGGCACCUACGCCCCAUACAAUCUCUGCGUGUCUUGGUUAUCAUCGUCUCUCCCACGCCUAGCGUCCAAGCGUGCCGCUGUCUUUGCCAUCGUUAACUUGAUGGCAGCUGGUGUUGCUCAUUUCUACACACCGUACGCGUUCCCGGAUACGCAGAAGCCGCGUUACUACGGCGGCGGCGCCAUGAUGAGCGCCGCGUGCCUCAUCUGUGUCAUGAUGGCUUUGGGCAUCAACUGGCAUCUGAUGCGGGAGAACAAGAGGUUCGAGAUGGUGAAGGCUGGAGGAGAGGUUGCGAAGACCAUCAAGGGCAGCAAGGCUGGUCAUGGUGGUGAGGCGACUGUAUCUUUCAGGUACGUCCAUUAAAACGGGUGUCACGCGGCGAGAUACGAGAGAAUUGAAAGUCGAGCAUGUCCCGUGAAUGUUAAAUGAGAUACGUAAAAGCCGAAAUACCUUAUAGAAUGUGCAUACAAAUCUUCGCGAAAAUCAAAUCUAAUCAACCUUCAAUUUCUAU